AUGACAGCCGGGACCGUGGUCAUCACAGGUGGAAUAUUAGCGACUGUCAUUUUACUCUGUAUCAUCGCCGUCCUCUGCUACUGUAGGCUCCAGUACUACUGCUGCAAGAAGGAUGAAUCCGAGGAGGACGAGGAGGAGCCCGACUUCGCCGUGCACUCGCACAUCCCUCCGCUGCACUGCAACCGCAACGUAGUGCUGACCAACGGCCCCUCGCUCUACUCCUCAUCCCCCUUCGCCAAAAAAGCAUCCCAGAGCCGGCCCAGCUGCCCCAGCUGCACUCCCUACGAGCCCCCCACCUCCUUCCUGCAGGAGCCCCCGGAGCCCCCCGAGGAGCUGCACAACGGGGGCGACCGGGUGAGCUACAAGACGGUGAGCCAGGAGGACCUGGCGCUGCCCGUGUCCAACCUGCAGCUCAACCCCAACCGGCUCUCGGCCAUGCGGGAGGCGUUCUCCCGCAGCCGCAGCAUCAGCACCGAUGUCUGA